GAGCAAUUUGCCCAAUCCAUUGGUCGGCCAUGAUUCUUCGACUGACCCCUCGCCGGCGGUUUCCGUCUCCUUUCAUAGCUCUCUCUCUUCGGCGUCUCUCCUCUUCUCUGCCCAAUAUUACUGAAGAUGUGGGAAGAUCUAUACACCCAACAGCUAUUGUCCAUCCAGAUGCAGUUAUUGGGAAGGGCGUUUCGGUUGGUCCCUUUUGUACUGUUGGUUCCUCGGCAAAGCUCGGCAAUGGAUGCAAACUAUAUCCUUCUAGCCACGUCUUUGGGAACACAGAAUUGGGGGAUUCCUGCGUUGUUAUGAUUGGUGCUGUUGUUGGUGACGAUGAUCUUCCCGGGUAUACCGUUGUAGGAUGCAACAACGUUAUUGGUCACCAUGCUGUGGUCGGUGUUAAAUGCCAAGACAUGAAAUACAAGGCCGGGGAUGAUUUCUUUCUUCACAUCGGUGAUAACAACGAGAUCAGAGAGUUCUGCUCGAUUCACAGGUCAUCAAAGCCCACCGACAAAACGGUCUGGCGCUGGUUAUUGACCGAUAUGAGCAAAAUCUCUAGCCUUUAUGAAGUGUGUUCUUACAGUCUCUUUGUGAAACAGGUCAUUGGUGAUAACAAUCUAAUAAUGGGUUCUUGCCAUAUUGCUCAUGAUUGCAAGAUUGGUGACAACAACAUAUUUGCCAACAAUACUCUUCUUGCAGGCCAUGUGAUCGUAGAAGACUAUACACACACAGCAGGAGCCACUGUAGUUCACCAGUUUUGCCACAUUGGUUCUUUCUCUUUCAUCGGCGGUGGUUCAGUCGUUUCACAAGAUGUGCCAAAGUACAUGAUGGUGACCGGAGAAAGAGCAGAAAUCCGGGGUCUGAAUCUGGAAGGACUUCGACGCAGUGAAUUCACAAUCUCAGAGAUCAGAAGCCUGAGAAGGGCAUAUCGUAAAAUAUUCAUAUCCGGUGAUGCAGUUUCUUUGGGUAUGGAGGAGCGUCUGGCCAAGACGGAACAAGACAAAGAUCUGUACGGAGUUCCUGUGGUGCGGGAAAUGGUGCAGUCGAUCCGGGAUUCUUUCUCUGAAAACCGUCGUGGGAUCUCCAAGUUCAGGCACUGGUCGGGUUCUUGAGUUUCACUGCUUAGUCUUCUCCCCCAUGUUUGGACCUCUUUAGUGUGUUGAAUAUCAAACAAUGGCGACCAUUUGAAACAAUUGUAACAAAAACCCGAGUUGGUGGUGUUUUUUCUUGGGGGAGGUAUGUAUCAAGAAUCAUGAACGUUCUGAAGCCAUUGGGAUUUCGGCAUCCAAUUCUGGUGUGCGAGUGCACGGACAAAGUGACUCUUCCUUGGCUUGCACGUCCAGGCCACGACAACGCGAUAUUAUCGCGACGAGACGUGGACAGCAAAGUUGUUGUCUUUCUGUCACAGCAUAUCGACCCCGGAGGGCGAAUCUUGGGUUUACGAUGGCGACCCGAUUUGCACAACGGCUGGUUAUGUCGAGCCCAACUUCAUCAAAAGCCGUUUGGUUACCGAAUUUGCAGCAUGACAUUUCCACCUUGUUUGUUGUCUGAGAAUAAUGGUACAGAACUAAAACACAUCUUCUUUCA